GAGAGCUGCUCACAGCGUCGCUGGACAGCGCCGUGGUGCUGAAACGGAGCGCGAGCGCGAGCACGAGUGCGAGCAGCAGAGCCGUCCCCGAGGCAACGAUGGCACAGCACGCGAAGCGGAUGCCGUGGAAACUUUUCCUGCUCUCGUUCUUACUCUGGGAAGGAUCUGCUCAAGACUUCGGGCAGACGCAGUUCAUCUGCACGUCCGUGCCCAAGGAUAUGGACCUGUGCGCGGCCACGAUGCAGAACAGCGGGCCGGCCGAGGACCUCAAGACCACCGUGAUGCAGCUGAGGGAGACCGUGCUCCAGCAGAAGGAGACCAUCAUGAACCAAAAGGAGACCAUCAGGGAACUGACCUCCAAGCUGAGUCGCUGCGAGAGUCAGAGUGGUGGCUCGGAGCCCGGGGACUCGAAGCCCGGCGGGGGUCGCAGGAAGGAGCCGGGCUCCAAGAACACCAUGGGGGAUGUGUCGCGGGGCCCCACGGACACGCUGGCGCAGCUGGGACAGACGCUGCAGACCCUCAAACAGAGGCUCGAGAACCUCGAGCAGUUCAGCAGGAACAACAGCUCGGCUCAGACCAACAGCCUGAAAGACCUGCUGCAGAACAAGAUCGACGACAUGGAGAAGCAGGUUCUGUCCCGGGUCAACACGCUGGAGGAGAGCAGACUGGGCCAGAGGAACGAGACGGAGCAGCGGGGGAAGGUGGAGUCCACACUGACCUCGCUGCACCAGCGCAUCACAGACCUGGAGAAAGGUCAGAAGGACAACCGGCCGCCCGACAAGUUCCAGCUGACCUUCCCCCUGCGCACCAACUACAUGUACGCCAAGGUGAAGAAGAGCUUACCGGAGAUGUACGCAUUCACGGUGUGCAUGUGGAUCAAGUCGAACGCGUCCCCGGGCGUGGGCACCCCCUUCUCGUACGCCGUGCCCGGGCAGGCCAACGAGCUCGUGCUCAUCGAGUGGGGCAACAAUCCCAUGGAGAUCCUCAUCAACGACAAGGUCGCCAAGCUCCCUUUUCUCAUCAACGACGGAAAGUGGCAUCACAUCUGCGUGACGUGGACGACACGUGACGGGGUGUGGGAGGCCUAUCAAGACGGGGUGAUGAGGGGCAACGGAGAGAAUCUAGCUCCAUACCACCCCAUCAAACCUCAAGGAGAUCUAGUGUUGGGGCAAGAACAGGACACACUGGGAGGAGGGUUUGACGCAACCCAGGCCUUCGUGGGCGAGCUGGCCAACUUCAACAUCUGGGAUAAGAAGCUUUCUGCCGGAGAGAUUUACAGCCUGGCGACGUGCAGCAGCAAGGCGCCCGUGGGCAACGUGUUCGCCUGGUCCGAGUCCAGCAUCGAGCUGUUUGGAGGAGCCUCCAAGUGGACCUUCGAACCCUGCCGCCAGCUCAACUGACCCGCGCAACUCGGACGGGAAGAGGAAGGACAUCCGCGAUUAUGUCGUUCUAGUUCUCAUUUAACGUUUGUUUGGACAAGAGAUAUUUCUUUGAAAAUAAGCGCGAAGCUGGGAUUUAUAUAUACUUAAAUAUGUGCAAAACACUAAAUAUGUUUUUGUUAGUUUCCUUUUUUUUUUUUUCUCUUUGGUCUUGAAAAAUCUUUUAUUCCAUUCGUCUUGGAAACUUCAAUGGAACAGUGUUGGUAUUUGGUCUUUUUUCCGUCAAUCGGAGUUUUAUUUGCAAGCGCGAUGUUUGACAGGCCGACUCGAGUUUUUCUUUGUUUCUCCCCGUUGGGCGGUCGGUGCCUACCGCGGGACGAACGGUGUGACGACGCAGUCCGGACUGAGAGACUACACACUUUUGGAGGAGAACAUCUGAUGGUCCCAUCACCUACCUUAUCUGAGGUCAUGUUAAAUGAGACAGUAACAAAAUGAUGUUGAUCCAACCCUCCUUUUCUCUCUCUCUCUCUCUCUCUCUCUCUCUCUCUCUCUCUCUCUCUCUCUCUCUCUCUCUCUCUCUCUCUCUCACUUACACUCCCACCCGGAAUUUGCACUGUGACUGAAGCGUGAACCAGAGGGUGAUAUGUACACGGAGAGAGCGAGGACGGACUGUAACUACUGUUAUUGUUCUCAUUAUUUGCUUCAAGUGUUUCUGUAAGAAUGUUGUUAAUUGCCAACAUGUUACAAGCCUGGGUGCCUUGGGCUGGUGCGAAAAUUCAGCACAUUCGUUAUAGUUUGCAAAUUAUUUGAAUUUAUUAUGAAAGAGGAAAAAAAUAUUCUAAUAAAUGUAUUUCAAAGCAAUUUGUUAAAGGACAUGACGUGUUUUGGCAGGUGUUUGUACUCUGUAUUAGGAAUGUUAUCUGUACAGUAACAGCAUGGACGAAAUGCUGCAACAGCAUCGACAAAUUCUGCUUUUACUAUCCUUCUGGGUUGGGGUUUUUUACUGUAUUGUUAUAUGCUCAAAGCAUGGCACUGAAAGUUGAAAAAAGAUCUAAUUUUUGUAAUAAAAUUGUGAUAUAUAUAUACAUGAAA